AUGCCUUCACAGGCUGCUUCAGUUUCAGCCCUUCUGCUAGGCCUAACCACCUGCGCCUCGGCAGCUCUAUAUGACCAAGUUAUCCAGACUCAAUAUGGCCCCAUUCAAGGCUAUGCAGCAUUCAACAGCCCCUUCACCGGCAACCUAACACACUGGAAAGAUAUCACCGUCUGGAAAGGUAUCCCCUUCGCCGCCACCACGGCUGGCGAGAACCGCUUCAAACCACCGCAACCGGUGACGGGAUGGACCGAGACUUUCAACGCCAGUUCAUGGGGUGAUAUAUGUCCUGAUUCUUCGUCUUCUUCAAGCUAUACCGUCUCCGAGGACUGUCUGAGUCUCAAUAUAUGGAGCGCAGCAAACUCGACGGAUGCAAAGUUGCCCGUUGUGAUGUGGAGUUAUCCAGGCCUGUCCACUGCGGCUGAUGCUCUGUUUGACGGUGGUGGUAUGGCAGAUCAGGGUAUUGUGUAUGUCAACUACAACUAUCGCGCGUCCAGCUUUGGGUGGCUUGCUCUUCCUGAAUUGUCAGAAGAACGAUAUGAGGAAACAGGUUACAAUAGCUCGGGAAACUGGGGCAUGCUGGACCAGUUUGCAGCGUUGCAGUGGAUAUACGAGAAUAUUGCGAAUUUUGGCGGUGAUCCUAACCAUAUAACUGUCAUGGGCCAGUCUUCCGGUUCAGCGGCGACAUACCACAUCCUGAACAGUCCGCUUACAAAGGGGUUAAUUAAAGGUGCGAUUAUCGAGAGUGGUGUUCGCGAUCCUCAGGAUCCGCUAUGCACGAGUUUAGCAGAGAGUUAUACCCCUCUCAAUGAAAGCCUGCAGGCUGGCAAGGAGUUCAUGGCUAGUCUGAACGUGACCACACUCGCUGAACUCCGCGCGCUGCCCAUGGAAGACCUCGAAAGCAGCCCGAGCAACCCGGGCAGCAUAGAGUUUACUGCGACAUUAGACGGCUACGCAAUGCCAGCGACAUACUAUGAUACAUUGGUCCAGGGACUAGCCCACAACGUCCCCAUAAUCACCGGUAACACCAAAGACGAAAGCGGAGCGGCGUACGGGCUAAACAUCACCGUGGACACCUACCUGAGCGACUUCAACUCCACUUUCAGCGGCGAAUGGCUCGACAAAUUCCUCGCGCUGUACCCGGCUGACAACGACACCGCAGCAAGUGGCGCCGUGAACUCGCAGUGGACCGAUAGGUCGAAAGUGGGCACAUGGCUUUGGACACAGAUGUGGCUUGCGUCCAACGUGACUACUGCCCCGGUUUACAACUAUUAUUGGGACCAUGCGCCUCCCGGCAUGGAUCAGGGCGCUUAUCAUGAAUCGGAGAUUAAUUAUGUUCUUAACAAUCUUUAUGACACGGAUCUGUCCUGGGAGGAGGAGGACUAUAAUAUUGCGCGCCAGAUGAAUGGGUAUUGGGCUAAUUUCAUUAAGACGGGGGACCCAAAUGGUGAAGGACUUACGACCUGGGAUCCGGUCAAUUCUUCGCAGUUGGUGCAGCACGUGGGUGAUGGAUGGGGUGCUAUUCAGGUUGCUCCAGCGGCCAAGAUUGAGCUUUUUAAGGCAUGGUUUGCGACUUUGGAGAAAUAUUAA